UAUCAAUCCAAAAACCAACUUAAUAUAAACCGUACAAUUACAAGUUCAAUUUCCCAGUAAAUAAUUUGCCGUCAGCUUUCUUCUCCUCGCCGGUGGUGGUGCUUUCGAGAGUUCCGGCGGGCGGCCAUGGACGGCUUCGGCGGCGCAGGGGCGCCGCUUCUAGAGAAGCGCCGCGGCGGAGGAGAGGGUUUCGUGAAGGAGUUCGGAGCAGAGUCAAAGACGCUGUGGAAACUCUCCGGACCGGCGAUAUUCACAUACAUCUGUCAGUAUUCUCUAGGCGCACUCACUCAGACAUUCGCCGGCCAAGUCGGCGAGCUCGAGCUCGCCGCCGUCUCCGUCGAGAACUCUGUGAUUGCCGGCCUUGUCUUCGGCGCCAUGCUGGGAAUGGGAAGUGCAUUAGAGACUUUAUGUGGACAAGCAUAUGGUGCAGGGCAAAUCACAAUGUUGGGUACAUACAUGCAAAGAUCAUGGGUUAUCUUGCUCUCCACAUCCUUCUUCUUGCUCCCUAUUUACAUCUUUGCCCCUCCGAUCCUCACCUUCUUCGGCGAAUCUCCCGAGAUUUCUCGAGCCGCCGGUAAAUUUGCGAUUUGGAUGAUACCGCAGAUGUUUGCGUACGCUGUGAAUUUUCCGAUACAAAAAUUCUUGCAAUCGCAGAGGAAAUUAAUGGAGAUGGCUUGGAUAUCGGCGGGUGUGCUUGUUGUGCAUACAUUCUUUAGCUGGCUUCUGAUCUUGAAACUCCGGUGGGGAUUGGCCGGAGCGGCGGUGGUUCUCAACUCCUCGUGGUGGCUGAUUGUGAUUUUGCAGUUGGUUUAUAUUUUUUAUACGAAAUCCGACGGUGCGUGGACUGGUUUCUCGUGGUCGGCUUUUCGGGAUUUGUAUGGAUUUGUCAAGCUUUCUUUGUCCUCUGCUAUUAUGAUAUAUAUACUUUGGUUAUAUUUCAUUUUAUUUUUUUCGAAAAGUUUAGGGGUUGCUGUUGGAGCUGGAUGGCAAUCGAUUGUGGCGUACGUCAACAUCGGAAGCUAUUACAUCGUGGGACUGCCACUUGGCAUAGUUUUGGGUUUCGUAUUUAAUUUUGGCGCUAUGGGAAUUUGGGGUGGAAUGAUUGGAGGAGUUUGCUUGCAAACCCUUAUCUUGAUAUUCAUUACUUCAAGUCGAAAUUGGGACAAAGAGGCCGAUGAAGCCGAAAGCCGUGUUAGACGAUGGGGUGGAGCAAUUGCGAGUCACUGAUUGAUUUCGACACGAA